AAGUCUUUUUCUUCUGGCUCACGCUGUUGUGGAAACCUCCAGUUCUCAGACUCACUGCGUGUUUCCUCCUCCAGCCUGAAGGUAAACAACAGAUACCAGAGAUGAAAAAACAAGACACAGAAGAGUCCUCCACCCAGGGCGGAGAGGAAGCUCCACCUGCAGCAGAAGGGACGGAGGCACCUGCAGCUGCUAAAGACAGCCUGGACAGCAACAGCCCCGAAGAGUCUGAACCACAGACGCCACAAACAGACACGCCACAGACGGACACACCACCACAAACUGACACACCAACACACACAGAUACACCUCCACACACAGAUACACCUCCACACACAGAUACACCAACACACACAGAUACACCAACACACACAGAUACACCGCCACAGGUUGACGAGGCAGGAAGUGAAGUUGCAGAGGCGGCACUUUCUCAAUGCGACAUGGCUGAGGAGCUGAGCCGGCAGCUGGAGGACAUCCUCAGCACAUACUGUCGGGUAACCAUUUCAGAUGACGCCAGCACCGUGCCCAAUGGCCAGUCACACAGCCCAGAGCUCAAUGGCCUGAGCAAAGAGAGGGGGGACGGCAAGCCAGGGGGCAAAGUCAAUGGAGCCGGAAAAGGAGGAGAGAAGGAGCAGAAGAAGAGUCAGGACAAGAAGAAAGUGAAGGGGCUGGGCAAAGAGAUCACUCUUCUCAUGCAGACUCUGAACACUCUGAGCACCCCAGAGGAGAAGCUCGGAGGCCUUUGUAAGAAGUAUGCUGAACUGCUGGAGGAGCACCGUAACACCCAGAAGCAGAUGCGAGUGCUGCAGAAGAAGCAGAACCAGGUGGUCCAGGAGAAAGACAACCUGAGGAAUGAACACAGCAAGGCCAUCCUGGCUCGCAGCAAGCUGGAGAGUCUCUGCAGGGAGCUACAGAGACACAACCGCUCACUCAAGGAGGAGGGAAUGCAAAGAACGCGUCUGGAGGAGGAGAAAAGGAAGGAAGUGACCUCCCAUUUCCAGGUGACGCUGAACGACAUCCAGGCUCAGAUGGAGCAGCACAACGAGAGGAACGCCAGCCUCCGACAAGAGAACACGGAGCUGGCCGAGAAACUGAAGAAGCUCUAUGAACAGUACAAACUACGAGAAGAGCACAUAGACAAAGUGGUAAAGCACAAAGACCUGCAGCAACAGCUGGUGGACGCCAAGCUGCAACAGGCUCAGGAGCUGCUGAAGGAGUCCGAGGAACGCCACGACAGAGAGAAACACUUUCUGCUGAAGGAAGCAGUGGAGUCUCAAAGGAUGUGCGAGCUGAUGAAGCAGCAGGAAGUUCACCUCAAACAGCAGCUGUCACUCUACACAGAGAAGUUUGAAGAGUUCCAGACCACUUUGUCUAAGAGCAACGAGGUCUUCACCACAUUCAAACAGGAGAUGGAGAAGAUGACUAAAAAGAUCAAAAAGCUGGAGAAGGAGACGGCCAUGUACCGGUCCAGGUGGGAGAGCAGCAACAAGGCUCUACUGGAGAUGUCAGAAGAGAAGUCUGUGCGGGACCAUGACUUUGAAGCACUUCAGGGUAAAGUCCAGCGGCUGGAGAAGCUGCGACGGGCUCUUAAGGUCGAACGCAACGAGCUCAACAAGAAGGUUCAGAACCUCAGCGGUCAGGACACUGUGGCGGCAGGAGCCCCCGCCUCUGACCCGGGGACCGAGUCCCCCUCUCCUCCACCAACGGACUCUCUGCUGGAGCCCAGCAGCCACCACCCUGUCCCAGACUCCGCCCCCUGCUCCCAGUCCUGCCACUGUGACCCAGAACUGGACACGGACGCUGUUCUGCUGCCCGUCGCUGCACAGGAAUGAAGCAUCGCUGCUCACUGUCUCCCCCCCCCCCUCCAACGUUAAGCCACCUGAUAAUAAGCCACCAGCCUGCAAGCUCCACUCCACCUCUGCUGGAUGAAACCGAUGUGAAACACAUAGCAAGGUUAACGUGUGUCGUCCCAGCAUGCCCUGCAGGCUUUAUAAUGCCGAUGGGAAGAUUGUGCCUCAUCUGUCAGUACAUUUACAUGCACACCAUAACUCAUAACUGUGAAUGACCUCGUUGAGGUAAUAGUAGGAAACGUGGCUUUCAGUCAACCUGCACUGAAACAAAUCAGACAGUAAUUUAAAAAGAAUGAUUCAGCUCUGCAACUUAAACCUUAACUCGACUUGUUUAUAUGAAAACCUCAACAAUCUGUACUUAUCUAAUUAUGAGUGUGCACGUAAAUGUUCAGACUGCCUCUGUGUUGUUCUGCUUCACGCCACAUUCCAUUUUUGAGUGCUGCCUGGGAUGACACAAGACAGGCAGGUAAAUGACAAGAGGAGUCGUGUGUGUGCGUGUGUGUGUGCGUGUGCGUGCGUGUG